UCUCUCUCUCUCUCUCUGCGUCUGUCUGCAACUCUUCUUCUUUUUCUUCCUCUGUUGAUCAUCAUAUAUUCUUAGUAACGAGCUCGUUUGGGGAACCUGAGUCGCCAUGACUCGGCGGUGUUCUCAUUGCAGCCAUAACGGGCACAACUCACGCACCUGUCCGACAAGAGGAGGGGUGAAGUUGUUUGGUGUUCGACUCACGGAUGGGUCUAUAAAGAAGAGUGCGAGUAUGGGCAACCUCUCUGCUCACUAUUACUCAUCAUCCUCUGCUGCUGCAUCUCCCAAUCCUGGUUCGCCUUCUUCUGAUACCCUCCGUGAUCCAACCCCUGUCGCCGAAGGUUAUGUCUCUGAUGAUCCUGCUCAUGCAUCUUGUUCUUCUAAUUGCCGUGGGGAUAGGAAAAAGGGCAUACCAUGGACAGAAGAGGAACACCGGCUAUUUCUAAUGGGUCUCCAGAAGCUAGGGAAAGGGGAUUGGCGAGGGAUUGCACGUAAUUUUGUCAUGUCAAGGACUCCGACUCAGGUGGCCAGCCAUGCCCAAAAGUAUUUCAUACGGCAGUGUAAUUCAUCCCGGAGAAAGAGACGGUCCAGCCUAUUUGACAUGGCUCCAGAUAUGUCCAUGGAGUCGACAAUUGUGACAGAAGAGCAACUACUGCAGCCAACUUCUCAAGCCGGUGAAACAGAGAGUGUAAACCCCAAACUGCCUUUAGACCUCUCCCUCAACCAUGAAUGUGAACCUAUGGAGGGUACUUCUAACGAAACCCACACAGAAGCUGAAGAAACUGUAAUGUCAAGUAAUUUCCCUCCAAUGAUUCCUGGGUUCUUCCCGUCGUAUUUACCUGUCCCUUUUCCAUUCUGGCCACCAAGUGCAGCCCCAGCAGAAGAAGAGAACCAAGGUGAGACUUCUCAACAUCAGGUCCUAAAGCCAACUCCCAUUCAUUCCAAGGACCCGGUCAAUGUUGACCAGUUGGUGGGCAUGUCUAAACUAAGCCUAGGAGAGGCCGCUAAGGGACAUUUAGAACCUUCUCCACUCUCCCUGAAAUUGCUAGGAGCUCCAUCAAGGCAGUCAGCCUUUCAUGCAAAACCACCGGUUAGUGAGUCAGAUUUGAGCCAGAAAACAGUAGCACUAGCAUAAUCCAUGCAGUGUAAGGCAUGGAAUAUAAGGGUUAAUUUCCUUCUCUCUUUUUUUUUGCUCUUAUUUUUUACUUUUAUAUAUACAUUUAUUUUUCCCAAUGCUUAUUACAUUAUUCAUUUUUAAUAUUUUAGUUACAUACAAAUAAUGUUUAUGUGAAAAUGAAAAAGAGAAACAAAACACAUGUA